UACGUACUCAGGAAGAACGAAGGAGAGGAGGUGAGACGGACGGACAGACUGGGGGAGGGGGGUGUGGUUGUCAGAGUAUUACGGUGUAUUCAUUAGUCGCAGAACAUAAAACAUUUUGUCUCUUGCUAAAUAUUUACUUAAAAACCUUUUGCAACAAAAACAAUUUUCUAUUGGACAAAUUCACGUAGUUUCCUCCCCGUUUCAUUCCGGUUGUUUCCUAGAGUAAACACUAAACAGCCAAACAUUUUGCUACAGUCUGCCACUAUUGAACACACCCCUGUUGCACUGGUCUUUUAAGCACUAACAACACUUUAGCUGCUUUAUUGAGGAGGGUUUUAUUUCCUGUGAUAUGUGGUUGUGUUACAUUUUGCAAAACCUUUUUUUUUGCAUUUUAGUCAUUUAGCAGACACUCUUAUCCAGAGCGAUUUACAGUAGUGAGUGCAUACGUUUUCAGGCCUGUGUAGCUCAGUUGGUAAACCAUGGCGCUUGUAACGCCAGGGUUGUGGGUUCGUUUCCCAUGGGGGGCCAGUAUGAAAAUGUAUGCACUCACUAACUGUAAGUCGCUCUGGAUAAGAGCGUCUGCUAAAAUGACAAAAAAUGUAAAAACUCAUGGGAAUCGAACCCACAACCCUAGCGUUGCAAGCGCCAUGCUCUACCAACUGAGCUGCACGGGAUCACCUACCUUAGUUGAAAAAACAGACUGGAAGUUUGCUCUGGAUAAGAGCGUCUGCUUCGAAGUGAUGAUGAGAGGAGGGGGGGGUAAGAGGGGAGUGGCUGGUUUAUUGGCACGGGGGAAAGCAGUUGGGGCUGGGUUGGGUGUGGGACUCAUGUUAGUGGUUAUUUAUGGCGUAACAUUUUCUGGAAGUAGGGAAACCACUCCAGGUUUGUUCACUUGGAACCCCUGAGGAAUUAUACAGUGUUGCGGUAACGAAAUGUAACAUGUUCACACAGUAAUCCUUCCUUCUCUUUAUAUUGACACUUAAAUCUGUGUGUGUGUUUCCCUGCAGCUACCAGUCAUCUCUGUGGUAAGAGAAACAGAGGCCCAGCUACUGCCAGAUGUAGGAGCCAUAGUCACCUGUAAGGUAAGGUUUGGAGAGCACUUGAUGUCAACAACCGACGUGUGUGUGCAUGUCACCAUUUUUUCUAUGCACUGGUAGUUGUUGUAGAUCUACGUAAUGCUUAAAAGCUGUGCAUAUCACCUGGAUUAAACUGAACAGAAUAAUGUUUUAGGCUUGAAAGGUGAGGUGCUCUUGUCACUGAUCCAAUAUCUCAACAAUAGGUGUGUGUUUAACCUCACUGCUAACAGCCCAGAUCUGUCUCCCUACCUGUCCAGGUGACCAGUAUCAACCCCAGGUUUGCCAAGGUCCACAUCCUCUACGUUGGUUCCACGCCACUGAAGGACCGCUUUAGAGGAACCAUCAGGUAACAUGGAUGAUUUUAUUACUGUUAUUCUCAUUGUGUGUCCCAACUGGCACCCUAGUCCCUAUUUAGUGCACCACUUUUGUCUGGGGUCCAAAUGGCAACCUAUGGGCCCUGGUCACAAGUAGUAUACUUUAUAGUGAAUAGGAUGCCAUAUGGGAUUAUAUAGAUUUACAUUUUAGUCAUUUAGCAGACGCUCUUAUCCAAAGCGAUUUACAGUUAGUGAGUGAAUACAUUUUCAUACUGGCCCCCCGUGGGAAACGAACCCACAACCCUGGCGUUGCAAGCGCCAUGCUCUACCAACUGAGCUACACGGGGCAUAGGGCAUAGGAUGCUAUUUGGGAUUAUAUAGGGAAUAUGGUGCCAUUUGGGAUUAUAUAAGGAAUAUGGUGCCAUUUGGGAUUAUAUAGGGAAUAUGGGUGCCAUUUGGGAUUAUAUAAGGAAUAUGGUGCCAUUUGGGAUUAUAUAAGGAAUAGGGUGCCAUUUGGGAUUAUAUAGGGAAUAGGGUGCCAUUUGGGAUUAUAUAAGGAAUAGGGUGCCAUUUGGGAUUAUAUAGGGAAUAGGGUGCCAUUUGGGAUUAUAUAGGGAAUAGGGUGCCAUUUGGGAUUAUAUAGGGAAUAGGGUGCCAUUUGGGAUUAUAUAGGGAAUAGGGUGCCAACCUAUAUGACUGUUCUGUAACCUACAUUACUUUUAAAAACUAAUCUACUGUUUACUACAAUCAUAUAUACACAGGAAAGAAGAUGUACGAGCAACAGAAAAAGACAGGGUAUGUUUUUGAAUCAAUCUAAAGUUCCCCCACUGUUUGACCACCAACAUAUUUUAUAUUGUGAAAAUAUCAUGUUUGGUAUUAUAUAGACCCAUCCUAUACCAUCUGUUACUGUUUAUCAUGACAUAUCAUACCAUCUGUUACUGUUUAUCAUGACAUAUCAUACCAUCUGUUACUGUUUAUCAUGAAAUAUCAUACCAUCUGUUACUGUUUAUCAUGACAUAUCAUACCAUCUGUUACUGUUUAUCAUGACAUAUCAUACCAUCUGUUACUGUUUAUCAUGAAAUAUCAUACCAUCUGUUACUGUUUAUCAUGAAAUAUCAUACCAUCUGUUACUGUUUAUCAUGAAAUAUCAUACCAUCCGUUACUGUUUAUCGUGAAAUAUCAUACCAUCUGUUACUGUCUAUCAUGACAUCAUACCAUUUUAGCUCAUUCUUGAAUUGUAAUAGACUGGGAACCACUAUAACCUUUGAGCUCUGUUCCAGGUGGAGACGUAUAAAAGCUUCCGUCCUGGAGACAUCGUCCUGGCUAAAGUCGUAUCCUUCCAUUGACAGUCUUUCCACUUCAGUAACUAGGUAGUAACACAGGGACAGUCAACCAGUGACUGAUAUUGGGCUGGUUCUAUUCCCUUAGUGCAGUGUAGCUUUCACCAUAUUGCUUAAAUGUAAAAUUGUAAAUGUUAGAGAUCAGCUAAACGGACAAAUCACCUUGCAUCCCAAAUAACUACUCAUCAUGUGAUCAAGAUGAGGGAUUCUGUGCAUUUCCAAGUGUUGUCCUUUAACCUCCUGCCCCCCAGAUCUCCCUGGGAGACGUCCAGUCCAACUACCUGUUGACCACAGCCGAGAACGAGCUGGGGGUGGUGGUAGCCCACAGUGAAGCAGGUGGUGGUCACUACUACUGCUGUCUACCGGGCCUAACCCCAGAGAAGACAGGUGAGACUGGUCAGUGGCAGACUUACAGAGACUUGGCUGUAAUUCUCUUAGCACCUGUAGGUUUUUUCUAGUUCCUUCAAGUUACAAUACCUAAACCAUUUAUUCCAGCUAUGAACCUAAAUAAGAUCUGGUGCAACCAAUUACCUUCAGAAGUCACAUAAUUAGUUAAAUAAAGUCCACCUGUGUGCAAUCUAAGUGUCACAUGAUCUGUCACAUGUUCUCAGUGUAUAUAUACACUUGUUCUGAGUCUGCAACACCACUAAGCAAGGGGCACCACCAAGCAAGCGGCACCAUGGAGACCAAGGAGCUCUCCAAACAGGUCAGGGAGUACAGAUCAGGGUUGGGUUAUAAAAAAAUAUCCGAAACUUUGAAUAUCCCAUGGAGCACCAUUAAAUCCAUUAUUAAAAAAUGGAAAGAAUAUGGCACCACAACAAACCUGCCAAAAGGGGGCCGCCACCAAAACUCAUGGACCAGGCAAUGAGGGCAUUAAUCAGAGAGGCAACAAAGAGACCAAAGAUAACCCUGAAGGAGCUGCAAAGCUCCACAGCAGAGAUUGAAGUAUCUGUCCAUAGGACCACUUUAAGCUGUACACUCCACAGAGCUGGGCUUUACAGAAGAGUGGCCAGAAAAAAGCAAUUGCUUAAAGAAAAAAAUAAGCAAACACGUUUGGUGUUCGCCAAAAGCCAUGUGGGAGACUCCUCUUAUCACCCAGAGAACACCAUCCCCACAGUGAAGCAUGGUGGUGGCAGCAUCAUGCUGUGGGGAUGUUUUUCAUCGGCAGAGACUGGGAAACUGGUCAGCAUUGAAGAAAUUAUGGAUGGUGCUAAAUACAGGGAUAUUAUUGAGGGAAACCUGUUUGUCUUCCAGAAAUGUGAGACUGGGACGGAGGUUCACCUUCCAGCAGGACAAUGACCCUAAGCAUAAUGCUAAAGCAACACUUGAGUGGUUUAAGGGGAAACAUUUAAAUGUAUUGGAAUGGCCUAGUCAAAGCCCAGACCUCAAUCCAAUUGAGAAUCUGUGGUAUGACUUAAAGAUUGCUGUAAUAAUAAUAAUAUGCCAUUUAGCAGACGCUUUUAUCCAAAGCGACUUACAGCGGAACCCAUCCAACCUGAAGGAGCUGGAGCAGUUUUACCUUGAAGAAUGGGCAAAAAUCCCAGUGGCUAGAUGUGCCAAGCUUAUAGAGACAUACCCCAAGAGACUUGCAGCUGUAAUUGCUGCAAAAGGUGUCUCUACAAAGUAUUGACUUUGGGGGGGUGAAUAGUUAUGCACGCUCAAGUUCUGUUUUUUUGUCUUAUUUGUUGUUUGUUUCACACACAAAAAAUAUUUUGCAUCUUCAAAGUGGUAGGCAUGUUGUGUAAAUCAAAUGAUACAAACUCCCCAAAAAUCCAUUUUCAUUCCAGGUUGUAAUGCAACAAAAUAGGGAAAAUGCCAAGGGGGGUGAAUACUUUCGCAAGCCACUGUAUCUAUCAGUAGUAUAUCUGUGUUUCCCUCCUCUCAGGAGCCCAGAUGGUGCCUAUCAGCUGGUGUGAGAUGCAGUGCCCGCGGACGCAUGCCAAAGAGUUCCGCAAGGUGGCCAGGGUGCAACCCGAGUACCUGCAGGCGUGAGCAGGGUCCCCUCACCUCUCCAGUCCCCCCGGGCAGGGGCCCCCUUUCCCUUCCUCAUGGAACACACAGCUUCCCUCCUCCCUCCCUCUCUCUCUGACAGAGAGACAAACACACUCACUCACACUUGGAAUCUCAACGAUGCAUUGUGAGUACAAAGGACCAAAAUAUUGUACAGGUCAUGUACAGAUGCUUGGACACGAGUACACGGGUCAUUGACCUGACGCAUACACGCAGCAAACAGCCUUAUGUUCAGGGAGGGAUACUUCAACAGACACACACACACACACACACACACAGAGCCUUAUGUUCAGGGGGGGAUUCCUCCCUCUAUGACCUACAGCAAGGCAGCAUUUUCCCCCUCUUGGUUCUGGAGGGGUACAGUAGAGGUGCAGGAUUUUGUUCCAGCCCAGCACUAGGACGGACACCUGAUUCAACUGAUCACUGGGGCCUUGAUUGGCUGAAUCAGUCUCGUUAGUGCUGGGCUGGAACAAAAGCCUGCCCUCCCUGUAGCCCUUCAGAACCAGGAAUGAAUAAAUAACCCUGAUCUGGGUUACCUUCUGAUCCGAUACCCUUGUCCCUGAAGUGUGCACUCCUGUAUCCCCCAUGGAUUUACUAGCAUAUUUCAUAUACCUUUCCUUUUAAAUCCAUGAGGGGUAGUGAAUGAGUGCACACUUUGGGGGGGGGGGGAAGGGUAUAGAAUCAGACCACAGCCGUGGGGUGACAGUCACCAGUACAGACAAGCCCAAGUCCAAAUUGACCUCUAAACUCUACACUCUAGUGCGUAGGGCUUGAUUUGGGAUUGGGCCGUAGACGGCUAACACUUGGGAUGUCGAAGUAAAGUAAAGCGCUGGAAUUGAAACUGUUAUUUUGUGGCGCCACUGUUUGACUCAUACGACCACGUGGUCCUUUCUGCACCUAGUCAGAGAAAUGGACACGUCUUGAUGCUUUUCUCUAAGCAUUAUUCUUUCUUCUGUUGUUUCAAAACAAUACUUUUUGUUUCAUUUCUUCCUGUACAUGUCAGCAGAGGCACGUGUUUUAAGAGUCAAAUAAAGUGAAUACCAAAGCACAUCCUGUAGGAACUACUCAAUCUGUUACAAUGGAGACAAUGUUAUUUACCUGUGUUAUCACAAAGGUUCAUUUUAUAAAGAGAUUUUUUUAUUUUAAUGAAUGAAUUCCUUUAUCAUAUAAUAGAGAAACCCAGCUGACCAUCGUUCUUAAUGGCCAUUUGUUGACUGUGUGUAAACAAUUCUAUGCUGUUUAAAUCUGUCUAAUUGACAGCUCAUCAGCUGCCAGUUUGUCAUGUUGAGGCAUUAGUUUACAGUACUAGACUAUUAGGCUGCUGGUCAAAAGUAGUGCACUAUACAGGGAGCCAUUUGGGACGCCAACAACAUUCUCAUAUCAUACAGCCAUGAAGCAUUACAUCAUAAUGGACCAUUCAGAAGACCAACACAGCUCCGCUCUCAUUGAUACCACAGGUUGGUAGGUGCAGCUUUCAGUUCCAUCAAUGUCAGCAUUUUUAUGUCAAACUUUUUAUAGACCAAUCAGUCACACUUGGUGCACAGUACUCGUGUAUACUGAACAAAAAUAUAAAAUGCAACAUGUAGAGUGUUGGUUUCAUGAGCUGAAAUAAAAGAUCCCUGAAAUGUUCCAUACGCACAAAAAGCUUAUUUCUCUCAUUGUGCACAAAUGUGUACAAAUGUGUUUACAUCCCUGUUAGUGAGCAUUUCUCCUUUGCCAAUAUAAUCUAUUCACCUGACAGGUGUGGCAUAUCAAGAAGCUGAUUAAACCGCAUGAUCAUUACACAGGUGCACCUUGUGGUGGGGACAAUAAAAGGCCACUCUAAAAUGUGCCGUUUUGUCACCACAAUGCCACAUAUAUCUCAAGUUUUGAGGGCGCGUGCAAUUGGCUUGCUGACUGCAGGAAUGUCCACCAGAGCUGUUGCCAGAGAAUUGAAUGUUCAUUUCUCUACCAUAAGCCGCCUCAUGUAAUUUUUUUAGAAUUUGGCAGUUCGUCCAACCGGCCUCACAACUGCAGACCACGUGUAACCAAGCCAGCCUAGGACCUCGACAUUCGACGUCUUCACCUGCGGGAUCGCCUUGAGACCAGCCACCCGGACAGCUGAUGAAACUUGAGUAUUUCUGUCUGUAAUCAAGCUUUUUUUGUGGGGAAAAGCUCAUUCUGAUUGACUGGGCCUAGCUCCCCAGUGGGUGGGCCUAUGCCCUCCCAGGCCCAUCCAUGGCUGCGCCCCUGCCCAGUCAUGUGAAAUCCAUAGAUUAGGGCCUAGUGAAUUUAUUUCAAUUGACUGAUUUCCUUAUACUCAGUAAAAUCGUUGAAAUUGUUGCGUUUAUAUUUUUGUUCAGUAUAUAUAUAUAUAUAUAUACACACCACAUUCCCACAGGCACACUCCCACUCCCAAUACCCUGCAAGAGAAAAGGUGCACACACACUCAUCCAAAUCAAGGGUCUGUCCCGACUCAGUCAUCAAAGCGCACUGAUCGGGUUGCGUUGAUGUCGAUCGAGAACUUCUUAUUGGACGGCGCCGAGAACCCAAGUCCCACCCCCCUUCCCGUGAAGUCCAUGCGGCGCGACUGAGCGCGUUCAAACUCCCCCAGGAGGCCUUGCUGCAAGCUCUUCUGUCCGUCUUUCGUCAGCGCCAUGUUGGCCCGCCCUCCCGUUGCACCGCUCGCUGCCAUUGGCUGCCCGCCCUUCUUGAAGCCGCCCAUCAACCGCAGGAACUUAUUUUGUUGGUCGGAACUGUCAAACUGGGCGGUGCCCCACUGGCCCAAACUCUGGGGAGAAGAACAAUGUAAUAUUUCUGAUUUAUAAUGUAAUGUUUAUAUUAGACAUAAUGAUUGUAAUAUUUAUGAUUUAUAAUGUAAUGUUUAUAUUAGACAAUGUUUUGUAACAGAGAAGAGUUGGUAUGCGUCCCAAAUUUGGGAUACACCUUGGUGUCCUGACAUCAUAAGAGUACUGACCGAUGGUACCGGUGCUGCUUUGAGUUGGACUGGGUUGGACUCCUUGUCGAUCUCAUUCUGCAGGGCCAGGCGUCUCCCCUAUGGAAUAUAAUAGGACCAUCAUUUUAUAUGAAGGCCGUGUUAUAUAGUACACAACAUAUACUCUAUAGUCCAUGUUAUAUAGUACACAAUAUAUACUCUUAUAGUCCAUGUUAUAUAGUACACAAUAUAUACUCCAUUGUCCAUGUCAUAGUCUAUAACAUGUGGUUGGUGAUUCUCUUUACUGUACUCCUAGUUUUUUUUUUAAAGACUCAAAUCCAUGUGUGCUUCAAAGGCUGCGUUUACACAGGCCACCCAUCUGAUUUUUUGCCCAAUUAUUGGCAAAAGAUCUGAUCUGAUUAUUGGCAAACGAGCAGAAUCACUUUGCAAUCACUUGGGAGUAUCCCUGACACAGACCAAUGGUAUUACUUAAUCAGUAUAGAGCAUUUAUAUUGGUUGGUGUGUGUCCAGCAUGUUUGACUGCAGCAUUGUGUUAAUCAAUGACAACAGCAUUCACUAAUAAGCAUUUGUAUAAUAUAAUGCAUUCAUAUUUUAUUCAGAAAUAGUUACAAAAUCAAUAUACAAUGUUUAAUUCAGACCAGGAAGAAAUUACUUUUCUCUUUCUCACAGUGAUAGAGGGAUGGAAUGGAGACUUGGAUUGGUGGACUGGACAGUGGAAUCAAAUAGAUCCAAAUAGAUCUAAAGGGUUGUUAGCGAUCUACCUGAUCAAUAUUGAUCUCGAAGGCGUUUCCCCUGGUCUCUGACAGGAAGACCACAUCCUUCUGGUCCCUCUGGGGGUUGGAGCAAAACAACAAAGUAUCAGACAACUGCAGACAUUCAAACAAAUAGUAAUACUGUCCCUGUUUUAAUACCUUUAACUGUAAAAUAUAAAGUAAGAAAGUCAACACUUUAAAUUGUUGGGAGCAUAUUAGUUUUACAGUUUACUAUUCUGUUAGUCAGCACCUCCAGCAUUUUUGGGUGUUGGUCAGCGCAUGCUUUUUACAAUACUUUCAACAAGGACACCCCUUUCAAAUGGCUCUAGAAUCAGGGUCACCUUCAGUAGGCAAUCAUUGUGAACCGUUUCAGAUAGAAAUGUCAUGAAUAGAGCCGACAUGAUUCCUCAUUCUACAUAUCAGAGAGACAUGUUUGUUCUACAUCACAUAUUUCUAUCUGAACGUUCCACAACGUUGUACCCUGCUGAAGGAGCCCCAUGAUUUGAUAACCUCUUAACCUCUGACCCUUAACCUCUGACCCACCUCCUGGUCUUCAGGGGCGCAGCUCUCCACCUUUAUCUUCUUUUUCCCUUUCCCCUUCUCCGGAGUCUCUCCUUUCUUCUUCCCUUUCUUGUGAAGGGUGCUGUCCUCCAUUUCCGUCUCUACCUCAGACGAGCUCUUCUUCACCUUCUUUUUCUUUCCCUCGCUCUCUCUGUCCUCCGCCUGUUCCUCUCCUCCUUUCGUAUCCACCUUUUUCCUUUUCUUCCGUUUGGGCUUCCCCUCGUCCACCGCGAUCACAUCCUCCUCCUCUGUUGGUGCAGAGGCCUUUCUCUCCUUCUUCAUCUUGCUCUCCUCCUUUCCUUCCGUCUCAGUGUCUAUGGUGUUGUCUGCAGCGCUGCUGGUGGACUUGGGCUUCUUCUUCUUCUUC